AUGACCACCAAGGGCCAGAGGCAUCCGAUCGUGCGGUUGCUGUCGCUGGCCGGGUGCAUCCUGGCGGCGUUCGGCAUUCAGCAGCAGGCGAUUGUAUUCCACGACGCCGAGACCAGUGUCCGGACAGAAGACUUCCAGCAUCACAACCGCUGCGAACUGAUCACGAUCCCGUUCUGCACCAGCGUCCAGUACAACAGCACGAUCAUGCCGAACUUGGUGGGCCACACGAAGCAGGAGGAGGCCGCCCUGGAGGUGCACCAGUUCGUGCCGCUGGUCAAGAUCGACUGCAGCCCGGACCUCAAGUUCUUCCUGUGCCUGCUGUACGCGCCGGUCUGCACGAUCCUCAGCUACCCGAUCCCGCCCUGCCGGAGCCUGUGCGAGAGUGCGCGGGCCUGCGAGGGUAUCAUGCGGACGUUCAACUUCCAGUGGCCCGAAAGCUUUGAGUGCUCCCGCUUCCCGGAAGACGGCGGCCAGGAGCUGUGUGUGUCGCAGAACAAGUCCACCGAGACGUCCACCAGCCGGCCAGCCGUGACGACCAAAAUAGUGACAAAGUUUAUCGACCGGAAGAGUAACCCGACGAACGGUGGACUCGUCGGUGUCACGCAGCACCGAGAUUUGGGAUUCAUCUGUCCGGUGCAACUGAAGGCUCCGUCUCUGAUGGGCUACCAGCUGACCGUCGGAGGGAAG